GUUUCUUUACUCAGGUGUACGCUGGAUCCAAGUUCACCUUCUCCAAGAUCCCAUAUCCCUUCACUCACAACAAAAGGCUGAACGGCCAGUGGAAGGGGCUCAGUGCCGGAGGUUGUGGGAACUAUAAGGACUCGUACAAACACAACCCGAUCUAUCAGAUCAACCUGGAGCGACCGGGACCGCUGCUCAUCGAGCUCCGAGGAUCCAGGCAGUACAGUGUUGGCUUUGAGAUGGUGACCGUGUCGACGGUUGGGGAUCCAGGUCCAGCAUCCUUCCAGAAGAAGACUAGUGGAGAUUACAG